AUGAUUGCUGGACAGGCUGUAGCUGUAUCAUUUGCAAGUGCCAAUGGAGCUACAGCUUCCGCUUCGUCCAGUUCCUCCGCUGGAUUUGGUGUUGGUUUUCCACAAGCCGCAAAUAAUUUCUAUCAACCAUUUGGUGGGGGAUUUAAUGCAUUCGGACAACCAAAUUUUGCCGCACCAAUAUUGCCGCAACCAUAUUUUCCCGGAAACUUAAGGCCAAAACCAAAUUUUAAUAAUGGUCAAGGAAAUAAAGUGGGUAACCAGCAAGGUCAACAGGGAUUUAAUCGGGGUAAUAAUGGUAAUAAAAAUAAACCAAAUGGACCAAAUCAACAUCCUAACAACAAUGGCAAUAGACCAAAUCAACGUCCCAACAACAAUGGAAACAGACCUAAUAAUAACAACGGACAAAGACCUAAUAAUGUAAUAAAGAAACCGGUCGCAAAUAAUUCAAAUCAAAGUCAAAGACCUAAUCAAGGAAAUAAUAAACCACAAGCUAAUUUUAAUGGCAAUUCUCAAGGAAAAAAACCUAAUCAUCAAAAUCCUGGAAACAAACCAAAUAAUAAUAACAAUAAAAAACCCAAUCAAGCUGGUAACUCCAAUGCACAAUCUCGUCCUACAACUACUGUGAAACCAAAACCUCAACCAACCAAACCUAAACCAAUUGUUACUACAACCAGGCCACAAAACAAUGCAAAACCAAAUACCACAAAAAAACCACCGAUUACAACCAAACCACCGGUCACCAACCCUCCUAAAGUAAUAAGUCCAAUCCCACCUUCCAAUGAUUUACCACAUCCUAAUAAUCCAACAGUUACUAAUCCGAAUCAAAAUCCUCCUGUAAACAAUGAUUUACAACAAAACAAUCCUCAAAAUCCUAACUGGAAUACACAAAUACCUAGUCCAAGUUAUCCAGAAAAUGGUAAUUUACAACCAAAUUAUCCUCAAAAUCCCAAUUGGAAUAUACAAACCCCUAAUACUGAUCUUCAAGGCAAUAAUAAUCCCCAGACUCCCAAUUGGAAUAUUCAAACUCCAAAUCCUAAUUUCCCAGCAACAAAUAACGGUCAUAACACAGCUUAUCCACAACCUAUACCUUUACCACAACCACUACCAUCAGACCAAGGAGAUCUUAUCAGUGAGAUAGUAGAAAAUCCACUUUUUAGACCAGUACCUCAGUUUCCUAAUAACAACAACCCAUCGUCUCAACCCAUACAAUUGCCGCCACCAACAUUCUCACCCGUACCUCAAGUACCUUCUACAACUAGUCGUCCUCUCACGUCUUUACCCGAAAAACUACAACCAGGCACUAUUAUAAAUCCUGACUCACCAUACUAUGUUGCUAAAGAAACCGAGGAUCCAACGUUAUUGAUCGAUAUAAGACGGCUUUGA